GACAUAUGUUUCGACAAAAAAAUUAAUAUUGUAUUUUUUUUUAUCAACUGUAAUUAAAAACAAUUAUAAACAGCUGAUUCUCCUUCCUCCGAAAAUACGGCUAUGUAAAUUUUAACAGAAAUUUGUCAAAAGCAUCUUUAAACGAUUCCGUGUUAGUAACACGUGUUGGAGAAUCAACAUCAACGAAACAUGGCAGAUGAACGGUUCUCUCAUAUUUCUAAGGAUCCUCGCUUUCGAGCUGUUCCAGUGAAAGAGAGGAAAGUUAAAAUAGAUCAACGUUUCCAGACUAUGUUUAAAGAUGAACGCUUUAACUAUAAAUAUAGACUUGACAAGCGUGGUCGCCCAUUCCGCAGCAGUACCAGUGAGAAUCUUCGACGUUACUACGAUCUGUCAGACGACUCGACUGAUGAAUCUGAUGAAGAUGAAACACUUCCGGAUAAUACUAAGGUAAAACAGAAAAUAUCAAAGCAGAAAAAUGAAGUUGCUGCCAACAAGUUAAAAUCUAAAAAGGGUAUUCCAGAUAAUUCUGAAGUCUUGGAAAAAAUGAAGAACAGUAAUUUGAAUGAUAAACAAAAGUCACCAGUUCUUGUCGAAAGUGAAAAGGAAAGGAAAUCUUCUCAUUUAAAAGAACCAAGUAAAAAGGACAUUAAAGAAGAAUGUGAUGACGAUGAUGAUGAUGCUGACCAUGGUGAUGAGGAUGACAGUGAUGAUGCGGAGGAAGAUGAUGCUGACCAUGAUGAUGAAGAUGACAGUGAUGAUGCUGAGGAAGAUGAUGAUGAUGAUGAUGAUGAUGACCAGGAUGAAUCAGGUUUAGAAAAUGGUCAAGAUUUGGCUCGAGGCAUCGGUAAUGAAAGUAGCUCAUCAGAUGAUUCUGAUUUUGACUCACUAGAUGAAAAGGCAGGAGCUGAAAAUAUUAUCCAUGAUUGGGGUGAAAUGGAUAAAGAUGCUGUUUUGGCUUCGGAAAGUUCUUCUCGGUUAGCAAUUUGCAACAUGGACUGGGAAAAUAUCACAGCAGCUGAUCUUUUCAUUGUACUCAAUUCUUUUAAACCACCACAAGGUGCUGUCCUUUCGGUUAAGAUCUAUCCAUCAGAGUUUGGACUGAAGAGAAUGGAAGAGGAAAACCGGAAAGGCCCAAUUGAACUUGCUGAAAUAGUAAAAGACUUGUCAGAUGAUGAGAACAAUGACAGCGAAGCCAAAGAAGGAAAUACUUUCCAUAAUGAAAAGUUACGUCAAUAUGAAAUAACUCGAAUGAAAUAUUAUUAUUCUGUGGUUGAAUGUGAUUGUGAGGACACUGCCAAUUAUCUUUAUAAUGAACUUGAUGGCAGUGAAUAUGAACAAAGUAGGACCAGCUUUGAUAUGCGAUUUAUACCUGCUGAUAUGGAAUUUACUGAGACUGCUCGGGAUGUUUGCACUGAGAUGCCUUCCAAAGACCAAUACAAACCAAACCAAUUUGUGAACAAUGCUAUGAGUGCCUCUACGGUGUCUCUGAGCUGGGAUGAAACGAAUCGCCACAGAGUAGAACUCACCACGCAAACAUUUUCCAAGAAACAAGAUGUGAUAAUGGAUGACUUCAAAGCUUAUUUGGCUUCAAGUUCUGAUGACACUGAAAAUGAAGGACUUGAUGCCAUAGGAAGUGACAGUGAUGACCAUUCUGGUAAGAGUGAUAGUGAAAACGAAGAAGGAAGAGAAGCGAAAAUGAACAAAUAUAAAAAGUUGCUUGAAGCUGCCACAGAAAACAUGAAAAAGAAGCGAGGAAAUGUUGAAAUGGAAAUAACAUGGGAGCCAGGCCUAAAAGAAAAGACUGAAGGCCUUCUCAAGCAAAGAAGUAAGAAACAGACUACAACUCCCUGGUUGGAUUACCUUGACAAAGUAAAAACAAAACGGAAAGAGAAAAAAUCUGCACGAAAGGCUGCUGCUAAAAAGGAAACUUCUGAGGAGAAAACCCUGUUCAGUGAUGAUGAUAUGCCCUCUGAUGUAGACUUAAACGAUCCUUAUUUCAGCAGUGAACUUAAAACUGACAGCAAUAAAAAAUCUAAAACUCAAAAGAAAAAAGAGAAGAAAAAGAAGAAACUUGCUGAAGAUAGUACUGAAAACCUGACGGAACAAGAAAUCGAGCUUAAAAAACAAGAGAAGGAAGAACUUGCUUUGCUGAUGGCUGAUGAUAAUGAUAAUGAGGAGAAGAGUAAGCACCACUUUGAUUUUGAAGACUAUAUCGAAGGAAAAAAAGUAGACAAAAAGAAAAAGUCCAAGAAGAAGAAACUGAAGCAGCAGAAAUCAAAAACAGAUGAUGAUUUCAAGAUUGAUGUAAAUGAUAAACGGUUUGAAGCAGUUUUCACAUCUGGUCACUAUAAUAUUGAUAAAUCUGCUCCUGACUAUAAGAAGAGUGCUGGAAUGGAGGAGUUGAUUGAAGAGAAACUUCGGCGGCGCUAUAACGAAAGAACACAAACACCCACAAAACGCAAGAAUUCCAGUGGUAUUUCAGGCUCUUCUGAAAAUUAUUCACAGAUGAAUGCCACAAAUUCACACUCAACUGGUGAACAAUCUUUAGACAGUCUUGUUCGGUCAAUAAAAUCAAAAGUGUCUAAUUUACACAAUUCUAAAAAGAAGAAAAUAAAAUAAUAUUCCUAAAAUUUA